AUGGCAGAAUUUGAUAACCCGAACUUUGUGACAGCUAAUCUAGAUCGCCCCGCUGGCAGAAAUCCCAAUGCCAGCAACAGCGAUAGACCCAAGGUUGUGCAACCGAAGCCACAGGCCCUACCGGCACGACAAGGACCUUCUGCCAUUCUAGUCUCAACUAGACAGAAGGGCAACCCGAUUCUCAACUAUGUCAAGAGUCUACCAUGGGAAUACUCGGAUAUCCCUUGCGACUACGUGCUUGGUGCCACGACAUGCGCAUUGUUCCUGUCAUUGAAAUACCAUCGACUUCAUCCGGAGUACAUCUACAGUAGAAUCAAACAGCUUGGCAGGUCAUACAACCUGCGGAUCAUGCUGACUAUGGUGGACAUCGAGAACCAUGAACAAGCACUACAGGAACUUUCGAAGACAUCCAUGAUCAACAACUUGACCUUAAUUCUGGCGUGGUCCGCACAGGAGGCUGGUCGCUAUCUAGAGCUCUUCAAGUCAUAUGAGUUCGCCUCCCCAAGUUCAAUCCGUGCUCGGCAAUCAGAGUCAUGGCAGGAAAGUCUGACUGAGUUUAUCACUACUCCACGCAACAUCAACAAAACUGAUGCUGCAAGUCUGAUAUCCAAUUUUGGCUCCCUUCGAGGUGCGGUUAAUGCUGAGCCUGAAGAGCUAGCACUUAUUCCAGGCUGGGGCGAGAAGAAGGUUAAAUCCUGGUAUACGACAGUACGAGAACCUUUCCGUAUCAAGCGAGCCGCAAGAGCCAACCCGCAACUAUUGAGGCAUGAAUCAAGCAUGGCAGAUGGACAACCCAGCAGCAGUACAUUAGAGCGACCUAAUGCAAUCCAUGUCAGUAACUCAACAGGCGCCACGAGCGAAGACCACAGUCGUAUCACUUCCGCGGAUCAAUCAACAUCUACAGGCAGUCACAAACGGAACCGACUGGAUGAUGUUCUACCGGAGGACGAGUUCGACAAAGAUGACGAAGCUGCCAUGAUUGCAAUUGAACAAGCUGCUGAGCCGAGGCCUGGAAAACAGGACGCUGACAAUCGUGCUGCCGCAAAUGAGGCAACCUCGCAAAGCUUCACAGCCACAGGUAGACCGCUGUCUCUGUCGAAGGGCUCUGGCAGUGGCAGUGGCAUGCAUGCCUUGUUGGGAGCCGAGUCUUUAGGAGCAGGCCCGCCGAACCUUCUACCGGCACGCUUCCACCCCGAAUCCAUCAUUAGCGUUCCUGUAAUGGCGCCUGAAGACGCUUCAGAUGCAAAGCUCUCCGACUUCCAUGAGGACGACGACGAUAACCCUAUCAAAUCCGGACCGAAAUCGAAAGGUCGAUUCAGCUUCUUCCGCCGCAAAUCAUCAUCGUCAUCGAAGUCGAAGAAGCCCGAGUUCGUGAUGAAGGAAAUGACCAUUGCCGAAUACUUGAAGCGUUAUGCCAAAGAUGACGACGGCAAUUACGUCGGUACUCAAGAUGCUGCGCCUGACUGUAUAUUGCGCAAUGAGAAGGAUAGGACUAAGUAUAGGAAAGCUCAUGCUUUUAGAGAGGCGAUGGCGACAGGAAAUGCUCCCACUUUCAUAGUCUGA